AUGAUAACCAUUUCCACCGAUAGUGCACCUGCAAUGAUAAGAAAAAAUAAUGGUUGCGUAGCUUUGUUGCAAAAUUUCUUGGGUCGCGCAAUAUUUUCGUAUCAUUGCAUUAUCCACCAGGAAGCCUUAUGUACAAAGGAUAUGAAGUUAGAUGAUAUUAUGGUUCCAGUAGUACGUUGUAUAAAUUAUAUACGUGCCAAAGCUCUUCACAGACGUCACAGAAAAGAAAGCUUUCCUGUAAUAACGAACCUGGCCUUACAGUUCUUAUGUAGUUUCAGAUCAACAUAUGUGUAUGAAAAGGUUUUCUCGGAUCUUAAUUACAUCAAAAAUAAAUGCCGUAUUUCACUAUCGGAGCAACAUAUUUCUGACUUGGUGUUACUGACAACAGCUAAUUUAAAUCCUGAUAUAAGAAAAUUAGUACAACUGAAACAUUGUCAGAAAUCUCAUUAA